AUGUUGUCGAGGCAGUGGAACGCAAAUAAACAAAUCGCCAGGCAGGUCUACAACCUCCAAAGAGGUUUGGCCAAUAAGACCUCAUCGAUGAACUUGGAAGAGGCCAAACCUUAUGCUGAUAUUCCGGGUCCCAGCAAAAUGCAAUUAAUAAGAGCUUUUCUACCGGGCGGUCGCUAUAAAGACUUGCCUGUCAAUGAAAUGUUUCUUGAUAUGAACCGACAAUAUGGCAGUAUCUUUCGAAUGCCCAGCAUAGCUGGCACUGAUAUGGUUCUGACCAUGAAUCCCAAGGAUUAUGAGAUCAUUUUCCGCAAUGAGGGACAGUAUCCACACAGAAGAAGCUUCGAGGUAAUGGAUUAUUUCAAGAAAGUACACAGACGUGAGGUUUUCGAUGGCUACGAUGGCUUGACUUCGGGCAACGGUCCAUCUUGGGGUAAAAUGCGUACAGCUGUGAAUCCCAUACUUUUGCAGCCCCGCAAUGCCAAACUUUAUAUGAAAAACUUGCUGCAGGUCAGCGAUGAGUUUCUAGAGCGCAUUCGCUCUAUUCGUGAUCCCGUGAGCCAGGAAAUGCCAGAUGAUUUUGCCAUGGAUAUUCGCCAUUUGGUGGUAGAAUCUAUUUGCUCUGUGGCCCUCAACACUCAUCUGGGAAUUCUAGGGGAAAAUCGAGAAAAUCAGGAAGUUAAGCAACUCAUUACAGCUCUUCAAGAUGUGGUUGAACUAGGCUUCCAGUUGGACAUGAUGCCUGCCUUUUGGAAAUAUCUGCCCAUGCCGAACUUUAAGAAACUUAUGCGUUCUUUGGAUUUGAUAACAGACUUUUGCAUUUUCCACAUUGAAGAUGCAUUGAAACGAAUUGAAGAUGAUGCCAAGGCGGGAAAACUCACAGAGUUGGGUCUAGAGACCAGUUUACUGGAAAAGUUAGCACGUUUUGAUCGUCAAACAGCUGUGAUUAUAGCCAUGGAUUUGCUAUUUGCAGGAGCAGAUCCGACCCUGGUUUCUCUUAGCGGCACCCUUUUGAGUCUGGCCAAGAAUCCCGACAAGCAAGCUCGACUUCUGGAGGAGAUUAAGGGAAUACUUCCUGAGAAGAACUCCCCUCUUACCAUGGAGAACAUGAAUAAUCUUCCCUAUCUGAGGGCCUGCAUCAAGGAGGGCAUUCGUAUGUAUCCCAUUGGUCCGGGUACCCUACGUCGCAUGCCCCACGAUGUGGUACUUAGCGGUUAUAGAGUCGUGGCUGGAACGGAUGUGGGCAUGGCCUCCAAUUAUCAAAUGGCCAAUAUGGAGGAGUUUGUGCCGAAUGUACGUCAAUUCAUACCCGAACGUUGGCUAAGGGAUGAAUCCAAUUCGAACUCUCACCUAAUUGGGGCCACGGCCACGCCUUUUAUGUACCUGCCUUUUGGUUUCGGGCCAAGAGCCUGUGCCGGCAAAAGGAUCGUGGAUAUGAUGAUGGAAAUAGCCAUUGCCCGGCUGGUAAGGAACUUCCAGAUCGGUUUCGAAUAUCCCAUUGAACAUGCCUUCAAGGCAAGGUUCUUUGUUCAACCCAAUAUUCCCUUUAAGUUCAAGUUUGUGGAUCGCAGCGAUUGAUAACCUUAGACUUUUAAAGGAAAUAAUAUUACUCAGGGAAGAAAAAUUGUAUAACCUGUAUUACUAAAAUAAAACCUAUAUU